CCGGGUUUCCAAUAAAUCCCUUGCAAACACUUUCAAUCGUGGUGCUACUUUGGUAUACUGCCUUAGAAAACUUCAGAUUACCAUGGCAACAUCUCCCAAACCGUACAAAAUAUGGAAUUCGUCGCGCACAGUUAAAAAAUCUCUUGUUGCUAGAAGUCUAGAAGAACUAAUAGAGAAAGGAAAGUUAAAAUUAAACGUGGUCACCUCUGAAGCUACUGUUGUACUUGAAGAUGAUGGAACUGAAGUAGAUGAAGAUGAAUAUUUUCAACUGUUGCCUAGCAACACAGUCUUUAUCCUGUUAAACAGAGGAGAGAGAUGGACUCAUUCAGAUGCACAAAAUACUAGUACUUCCAUGGAUGAAGUUGACUACUUAAAAGCGCCCUCCCAGUCCACUAGGACUGUAGAAGUUGAUGGAGGUGGUGGGAGUAUAAAUCAGUCUGUGGUUUCCAUAGCAACUCGUCUGAAAAAUGACAUUGCAUCAGUGAUCACGUUGUCCAAUGAAGAAUUACAGGUGAUGGUUGACUGUGAUAUCAAAACACUUGCAAGGUUAUUGAAUAAUACAGAAGAGUUUGCGUCUGCAUUGAGUAAUGCAUGUCAGAGAUACAUGGAUGAUAGACAGUCCUCAAUAGAAGCUGUGGAAAUAUUACGGCUGUAUCACAAAGCAAGGAAGAAUCAAGAACUCAGUGAAAACAUGCAAUCUUAAUACGAUCAUUAAACAAUGUCAAAGUUUCAUCACAACUUCUACUUGAGCAGCCUCAGAUGCCCCGGGGAGUUCUCUUAAUAAAAUAUGGUACACAAGCUGAAGUAAAAAACGUGAAAAAGGGUGUCAUUUAGUUAUUUCACGCAUAUACGUGUGUACCGUGUUUAGGGUCGAAUAUUUUAACAUAUAUAAAUAAAGUGUGAAAAAAAGGAAUCUCAUGAAUUCAUGUUACCUCAACUUGGAAACAAUAUAAUUUUAGUAUGUAUAUAUGGU